UCGGGAGGUGCCUCGUGCACGCGCACACCUGGCUGGCCAGUGCCCAGCCCACAGGCGUGCUGGCCGCGGGGGACCCCGUGCGCACUUGGACACCCGCCUUCUCGCGCCAGCGUGGGCGCAGGCGCAUUCCUGGUGGUCUCUUGGCCUGGAGGUGAGGCAGGUGCUCCAGGAAAGGAGCCUGGAGCCUGCCCAGCCCCGCCCCCGCGGCCCCCACAGCUGGGGGGCGGGGGACGGUGGGGGAAGCGCUGACCAAGCGGAUCAGUCAGACCCCUUGGACCCUCUGAAGGAUCCAGGUUGGGAGUGAGCCCGGGAGGACAUCCUCAGAACCUCUGAAGUGUCAGGGCAAGGGUUAGCUUUGGGUGGAGUCCUGGCCCAGGUGAGGUCAGAUAUCUGGGAAUUUCUUCCCGGUGGCUAUCAGAAGUCUCAGUCCCCGGCACAAGCUUGGCUCGCUCUGAAGUGAAGGGGUGGUAGUGUGCCCUCCCAGGCCUCUCCUCAUGGCCCCCCAUGCCUCCAGGUUUCCACCAGAUCGCCCUGAACAAGGUGGCCGUGCUGCUGCUGGCUGGUGGGCAGGGCACUCGCCUGGGUGUCACCUACCCCAAGGGCAUGUAUGAGGUGGGGCUGCCCAGCCAGAAGACUCUGUAUCAGCUGCAGGCAGAGCGGAUUCGGCGGGUGGAGCAGCUGGCUGGCGAGCGCCAUGGGACCCGCUGCACGGUGCCCUGGUACAUCAUGACGAGUGAGUUCACCCUGGGGCCCACCGCCGAGUUCUUCAAGGAGCAUGACUUCUUUCACCUGGACCCCGACAAUGUGGUCAUGUUUGAGCAGCGCAUGCUGCCUGCUGUGACCUUUGAUGGCAAGGCCAUCCUGGAGCGGAAAGACAAGGUUGCCAUGGCCCCAGAUGGCAACGGGGGCCUGUACUGCGCGCUGGCGGACCACCAGAUCUUGGAGGACAUGGAGCGCCGAGGAGUGGAGUUUGUGCACGUGUACUGUGUGGACAACAUCCUAGUGCGGCUGGCGGACCCCGCCUUCAUCGGCUUCUGCGUGCUGCGAGGUGCUGACUGCGGCGCCAAGGUGGUGGAAAAGGCCUACCCGGAGGAGCCUGUGGGCGUGGUGUGCCAGGUGGACGGCGUCCCCCAGGUGGUGGAGUACAGUGAGAUCAGCCCCGAGACCGUGAGCCUUCGCGGGCCCGAUGGGAGCCUGCUGUACAACGCGGGCAACAUCUGCAACCACUUCUUCACGCGCAGCUUCCUCCAGGUGGUCACCAGGGAGUUGGAGCCCUUGCUGAAACCACAUGCUGCUGUGAAGAAAGUCCCCUACGUCGACGAAGAGGGAAACCUGGUGAAGCCGCUAAAACCGAACGGAAUAAAGAUGGAGAAGUUUGUGUUCGACGUGUUCCAGUUUGCUGAGAACUUCGUGGCCUUUGAGGUGCUGCGGGAGGAGGAGUUCUCCCCUCUGAAGAAUGCUGACUCGGCCGACAGGGACAACCCCACCACAGCCCGGCGGGCCCUGCUCACCCAGCACUACCGCUGGGCCCUGCAGGCGGGGGCCCACUUCGUGGAUGCACACGGGGCCCGGCUCCCCGAGCUGGCCAGGGUCUGGAGGUGUACCUGCAAGGCCAGGAGUUCCGGUCCCCACUCAUCCUGGACGAGAACUGGGUCAGAGCAUCGCAGCCCUGACCAACUCCCAGACCUGCCCACCCCUGGGGUCCGCAGGGUUGUGGAUGUGGCCCUGACCUGGGGAUCCGGGUAGGAAGGCAGGCAACUGUGCCUUUCUGGACCAUGGAACACAGAAGGAAGAGCCCUGGUUUACACGAAGUGGGUCCUGUCUGGUCACCGCUUCCCACAGGCCUUCUGUGGGCCAAUGAGAACUCUUCAGCUCUAGUCUUGGCUGUGAGGUCCGAGUAGGAGGCAGAGGGACUCUGGAUCUUGGACUGUGGGGCUGAGGGAAAUGUGGGAUCAAUGAGGGCAGCAGGCCCUGCCUGUGAGCUAAGACAGGACAGUGGCUUCUCUGGGGAGCACCAGCCACACCCAGCUUUUCUACAGAUAUACAGACCAAAUAAGGGGGGGGGGGCGCUAUCCUUCCCUCACAGGGUGGCUUUUAAAAAAUACAUUUUUUAUUCAUUUCAGAGAGAG